CCCAUUCUUCUCGACCUAGCUAUUCUCUUCAUAUCUCUCGUAGGAACCAUUGGGCUAUUUGAACUUUGGUUUCUUCUAGGCUGCACUACUUUUUUUUUUUACUUUGGUUAAACUCGUCAUCUUCAUCCUCUUGCAUUAUUUCCCGCUCAUCAUUCUUCUCGACUUGGCAUCGAAAGCUAGCUAGCAUGGAGAAUAGCACGGGAUGCAAGCACCGAAGCCUGUUACUUGCUGAGCUUGCUCGAGCGCAACAUCUAGCGUUGCAACUGGUGGCUCAUCGCGAUCAGCAUUCUCCUAUUGAAUCCUUUAAGUCUCUCGCAUCCAACAUAGUGUCAUCCAUAGAUAAGUUAAUCCACAUCGCUGGGUCGAGCACCUCGGAAGCUAAGCAGCAGCUUGCCUUUCCCAACACCGUCCCCGAAGACCCUCUGCGGUCCGCCAACAAGGACGCGUCGGCUGGCAAUUUCGAUUCGGUGUUCCAUCGUAACUGCAACAACUUGUCCAAGAAUAGGAAGACGCUGCCCAAGAAGAAGAUCCAGGUGACGGUUGGUUCAGGAGGAGUUGCAGCUGCACUUGAUGAUGGCUAUAGCUGGAGAAAAUACGGGAACAAAAAUAUCCUGGGAUCCAAACAUUCAAGAAGUUACUACAGGUGUAGGGAUCGUAACACCAAGUCUUGCUUCGCGACAAAACAAGUGCAACGAUCGGAUGAGGAUCCACAAGGCUUCGACGUCAUCUAUCAGGGAACCCACACGUGCUGUCGAGGCCUCCCGGUGCCAACGACAGCGAGCAUAUCGGGACAAGAGCGACGACAAAACCAGCCCGAUCGUCGGCUACAGAAUGAUCAGCGCGUGCAGCAGCCGAACAAAGACCUGCUUAUGGACUUCCAAACCGGCAUGGACUUGGAUACUCAUGAGAGCUCCCUUUCCUUCUGGUUGGGAUCCGUGACGGCGAAAGCCACGUUGCCUGAGAGCAUCAAUGGUUAUUCGUCGCAGCCGUCCAAACCGGACAACUGCUGCUUUGGUAGAUCCCCGUCCGCCUCCGAGCUGAUUGACAUCUCUGGAUCACCUAACCAGUUGUGUCACUCCGAGGCCGGACUCGAACCUCUCGCUUCGGAUUCCUACGUUUCUGAUUCGUUGACGCCACCCAACUCGGCGGUGGAUGCAGAUAUCAGGUUGCUGGAGUUCGACACACAAUUCGGAGAAUUCUCAGUUUCAUGCUCCAACUUAUUUUACACCAUGUAAGGAGUAGAUUUCUGCUCGCUCUUAAAUGCAUAUCGAUGUCAGGAGAAGGAAGAGAGCA